AUGGCCGAUCGAAACAACACCUCUGAGUCCGUCGACAGCCAAGCACCGCUACACGCUGUCCCUGAAUCCAUUCAUCCUCAGCGGCCCCGCCAGCCACCACCUCCGCCCGCGCCAACCUCAAUAUCACCUCAAGAUUCCUAUUCUUCGCGCGCACGAGCAGACUCACGCGCGACCUCGCGACCGCCGCCGCCGCCGCCGCCGCCUGUCCUCCACCAGCCGCAGCAACCUGUCAAGGAUGCCGUCAAUGCAGCCUUCGACUGCACGCCGAGCGCGCAAUUGGACCCGGAAGUGGAGAAGAGAUUGAUUGAGCAGGUGACGGAGCAGGUGAUCAAGAACUUGCAUCUCGUCAAUCUCUCCACCGCCGCCACUCCAACCUCUUCCACCGCGUCUCAGCAAGCUCAGCCAUCACUCUCAACUGCCUCUCGCUCGCCGACGCAGCCCUCACCGACCCACACCCAGAGCUCCACCACCGAAUCCUUCCCGUCGCACUUCACGCCGCCCUCGCCGCUGCAGGAGCGCGACGCUUACUAUAAGAACAGCAAAGCCUCGUCGCCCGAGCGUGCCCCUUCCGAUGCUGGGAGCGUGUAUAGCAAGCAAAGCAAGGAGAGCAUGAGGAGUUAUGGCAGCACCCAAUCCAACAAGGAUGUGGACAUCACCCCGCGUGCAUCGCAGCCGGGAAUGACCGGUUUCACGUUGAAGCGCAGUAAGACUAUGGCAGCACCCGAAAUGAUCGCGAGCGACACGCUGUCUCGUAGGAGAGGCUCUUCGGAGAUGACAGCUCGGCAGCUGAGGCGGCGAGAUAGCCGUGGUUCAUUUGACGGAGCGUCGCGUAGUAAGCCACGGCCUCCAAAAGUGGAUGAGGUGCCAGUGGACAAUGAAGAACCUACCAUGCUGGAGCAGUAUUGGAAGCCACUUUUCGAAACUGACGGAAGCCCGACACCUCGCCUCGGCCAGUUUCUGAGAGGCCUCGCACAGCAUCUGAUCGACGACUACGAGCCAAAGGGAAGCUUGGUGAUUGGACCUAAGAAGAUGCUUCGGUUCCUGGAAGAGACAAAAGUGGGUGGCGAGCAUUAUCCCUGGCAAACCAUCUUUGGCGGCAACAUGCGUUUCGAAUCCAUCUCAAGCAUGUAUCGGAAGCUGCUCUGCCAACACCACUUUAUACAAGCUCAGUCGCAGUACCACGAAGCUCCCGCUGUGCCGGCGCUAACGCCACAUGGCUUCGAGCAGUUCAUGACUUGUCUGAUCCAAGCGCACCCGGACACUGAGUUCGAGCGACUCACCAAGGCCGUGAGGGAUAUGCCCAUUUCGAAUGCUGAUGACAGUAAAGAGCGCUUCCCGAAGCAGCUGUCACGAAGACUGCUACCCCGUCAACCGGUCGUCCAAGCGGAGCAGAGGUUGAUCUCCAGUCUGCAUCAUGAGCCAGAUCUUGUCCCUCUGGAGAGAGUCGAGAGGGCCAUGCCGCCUCCUCCGCCAUCUGCACCACCUCAGACUACCUCCGCGCCACCUUCAGCAGUCCCACCGCAGACCGCGUUCCCAGAGCGAGAGAGGAAGCCUUACUCGCAUACAACACAGCAAUCGAAUGCUGUUGAUGAUGACGAUCUGACUUCUCCGCCUGCAAUACCAAUCGAACGAGAACGCAAGCCGUACUUUGCGAAAGAAGGCACUGGAAAGCAAUACGAACCAGAGAUUAACGCCGAGCGGGAGCGCGACAGAGACCGCGAGCGUGAGAGGGAACGCGAGAGGGAGCGAGAUAGAGAAAGAGAUCGUGCCUCGCGUGAGCCUAGUCGGCCAAAUCAAGCUCCUCCUGGACGACCGUUGCGGAUGAACUCGGGCUCUGGUGCAGUACCACAAGGAUCUUACAAUGAUGGGACUGGCCCAGACAUGCCAUCAUCUGGCCGAAAUGCCCACCGAAUGUCGCAGCCACCGCCCGUGAAUCCCAGCUACUCAACCCCCAAGGCCUCUCGUCGCAGGUCGCCUACCGCUAGUGGCUAUCGAAGUGCUCCAAUGGACAUUAACCAGAUACCAGCCUCAGAGUAUGCAUCAAAUCUACGUGGCCCACCUAGAGAUCGCUUUACAGGUGAUCCAGAUGAGGAUGUACUGCGAUACAAUGACAGCCGAAGAGCUGGAGGAAGGAAUGCAACCUUUGAAGACGACUACGGUGGUCGACCUGUACCAUCACGCAAUGCGCCUCCCGCUCCCAGUGCCGCAUAUGAUUCGGCAUUAUAUGGCUCAGCAGGUCCAACAGCGAGCAGCUCCGGGGGCCGGAAUUCCAUACCUGGAGGUUCUGAAGACAGACGGCGAACUUGGUACCCAGGCAUGGCUGGUACUGAUGGCUACGGAAGCUAUUCUGGAGGCCAGAAUGGAGACAACUAUCGUGGCUCGUCGCAAUACUAG